GACUCAUCAAAAAUGGCAGACGUACCGACCGAUAUUGAAUUCCCCGUUUGGGGAUUAAUGCCGAAAAAAGAGACUGGAGUGGUGUCAUUUCUUAAUAAAAAUCCAGAAUACGAUGGCAGGGGUACAAUUAUUGCAAUUUUCGAUUCGGGCGUGGACCCGGCAGUGGAAGGUCUUAAGGUGACGAGCACGGGUGAAACCAAGCUUAUAGAGAGGAUUGACUGCAGCGGGUGUGGAGAUGUCGACACUAGUGCAGUGCGUAAGGCUGUGGACGGCUGCAUUACCGGUCUAACUGGGCGCAAGCUAAAGAUACCAGAAUCAUGGAAAAACCCUACAGGCACCUGGAGAGUGGGUGUCCUAUACCCAUACAGUUUGUACCCGAGCAAGUUGAGAGAGCGGGUGCAGGAGCACCGCAAGCUUCACAUAUGGGAUGUGGGACAUAAACCGGCAGUUGCUGCUGCCAAUAAGCAGUUGCAUGAGUUUGAAGCAGAACUUGCAUCAAAAGGUUCAAACCUGAGUCCAGAAGAGAAGCAGCAAAAGGAAGAGCUGGAAGCCAGAGUAGAAGCACUCACAAAUGCUGAGAAGAAGUUCACAGAUUUAGGUCCCACAUAUGACUGUGUGCUAUUCCAUGAUGGCACUGUUUGGAGAGCCUGCAUCGACACGUCGGAGGCGGGCGAGCUGCUGGCCGGCGUGUGCCUGGGCGAGUACAGCGCCACGCACGAGCACUCGCACCUCACGGCGCUGGACGAGAUGACCGUCAGCGUCAACGUGCACGAGGACGGCAGCGUGCUGGAGGUCGUGGGCCUGUGCUCAACGCACGGCACACACGUGGCCUGCAUCGCCGCGGGCCAUUUCCCCGACGAGCCCGACAAGAACGGCGUGGCGCCCGGCGCGCAGCUCGUCUCGCUCACCAUCGGCGACAGCCGCCUGGGCUCCAUGGAGACCGGCACCGCCUUGGUCAGGGCCUGCAUCAAGGUCAUGGAGCUGUCCAAGAAGAUGAAGAUCGACGUCAUUAACAUGAGCUACGGGGAGCACGCGCAUUGGUCGAAUGCCGGACGCAUAGGUGACCUAAUCUGCGAGGUGGUGAACCGCUACAACGUGAACUGGGUGGUGUCUGCGGGCAACCACGGUCCGGCGCUGUGCACUGUGGGCGCGCCGCCCGACAUCAAACAGACUGUGCUCAUCGGCGUGGGCGCGUACGUGUCGCCGGCCAUGAUGGCGGCGGCGUACUCCAUGCGCGCGCGCGUGGCGGGCACGGCCUUCAGCUGGAGCUCGCGCGGGCCCGCGCCCGACGGCGCGCUGGGGCUCAGCGUGGCCGCGCCCGGCGGCGCCGUCACGUCCGUGGCCAGGUUCACGCUGCGGCACACGCAGCUGCUCAACGGGACGUCCAUGGCGGCGCCGCACGCCGCGGGCGUGGUCUCGCUGCUGGUGUCGGGCCUCCUCGCCAAGAAGCUGUCGUACUCGCCGUACUCGAUGAAGCGCGCGCUGGAGAACGGGGCCACGUUCCUGGCCCACGUCGAGCCUUGGGCGCAGGGCGGGGGCCUCAUCAACGUCGAGAAGAGCUUCGACCUCCUAACAACAUAUCCAGACGAGGUGGAUCGUGACGUUACAUACUCGAUACAAUGUGGGACUCAACACGAAAAGGGUAUUUUCCUCCGGCCGAGAGAAGGCGAUCCACCCAAAGACAUCAACAUCACUGUAGAACCACAAUUCUUGCAAAGCCACGAUGACAUGGAAGACAAGGGCGUGAUCCCGAAGCAGAUCGCGUUCAACGUGCGGCUGGCGCUGAGCUGCGGCGCGGCCUGGGUGUCGGCGCCCGCCUUCCUGGACAUGAUGAACGUGUCGCGGCCGCUGACGGUGCGCGUGGACACGACGGCGCUGCCGCCCGGCGCGCACUUCGCCAGCAUCGGCGCCUUCGACGUGGCCUGCCUGGACAAGGGCCCGGUGUUCCGCAUCCCCGUGACGGUGCUGCAGCCCGCGCCGCUGCGCCUGGCCGCGCCCGGCUGCCCGCAGCUGGCGGAGCGCGGCGCGCACUUCGCGCCCGGCGCCAUCCGGAGGCACUUCGUCGUCGCGCCGCAGGAGGCCACCUGGGGAGUCCUCCGGAUGACCACCGAGGACAAGGAGACGACCGGCCGCUUCCUGGUCCACGCGAUGCAGAUCCUGCCCAAGAAGAGCUGCCGCUGCCACGAGACGCAGAAGCUGCUCAACGUCAACGCCGAGGCGCCGACCGUUCUGCCCUUCCAGAUCACCGGCGGCGUGACCCUGGAGGUGGUUAUCGCCAAGUACUGGGCCAACCUGGGCGACCUCACCGUGGACUACAGCAUUGAAUUCCACGGGCUGAAGCCCGACUGCGGCGCCAAGCUGGUGAUGUCGGCGGCCGACGGCAUCCGCAGCGUGCUGCUGCGCUCGCUGCGCCUGCAGGACGUGGCGCCCAGCGCGCAGCUCAAGUACGCCGAGCCCGUCGUCAGGCCGUCGGAGUCGAAGCUGGCGCCGCUGACACCGCGCGAUGUGAUACCCCCAGCGCGCCAGAUCUACCAGCUGCUCAACACCUACAACUUCCACAUCGCCAAGGCCACCGAGGUGUCGCCGAUCGUGUCACUGCUGUGCGACGUGCUAUACGAGUCGGAAUUCGAAGCGCAGAUGUGGAUGCUGUACAACAGUUGCAAGCAGCUUGUGGCCGUGGGUGACGCUUUCCCCUCCAAGUAUUCAGUGAAGCUGGAAAAGGGCGACUACACGCUCCGUCUGAACGUACGGCACGACAACAAAUCUCUCCUGGAGAAGCUGCAGGAGCUGCCGGUCAUCAUCCAGCAGCGCCUGUCGUCGCCCAUCACCGUGGACAUCUACGCCAGCCACCCGUUGGCGCUGACGGGCGGCAAGAAGUUCGGAUCCGCGGCGCUGCCCAGCGGGAGUCUGCUGCCCGUCUACUUCGCGGCGGUGCCGGCCGACAAAGUGGGCCGAACCCUCACCGUAGGCCAAGCGUUGACGGGCACGGUGACGUUCGCGAAGGACGAGUUCGGCCGUAAAGUGGACACGUACCCUCUAUAUUACUACGUUUGCGAGCCCCCGAAGAGGCCGUCCACCAACAAGGACAAGGAGAAGACCAAGCCGCACGAGGAUUACCUGGAGGCUGUCAAGGAGUUCACCACUAGCUGGUUGGGGAAGUUGGAGGGCGACAAGCUGGAGCAGGUGUACGAGGAGCUGCUGGAGAAGUUCCCCGGCUACCUGGGCGCGCACGUGGCCUACCUCAACGCGAUGGACUCCCCCAGCGACCCCAAGAAGCUGCCUCACGCCACAGAAGAGCCCGAUGUGACGAUCGCGUGGUGCGAACAGCUUAUCGGCAUUGCUGACAAGGUGAUCAAGAGCAUCGACCAGGAGAAGCUGCUGGCGUACCUGGGCAUGAAGAACGACACCCGCAGCGACGCCGGCAAGAUCAAGCAGGAGCACGAGCGGUUGCGCGGCUGGCUGCUGGAGGCGCUGAGCCGCCGCGGCAGCUGCCUGAGCCGCCUGCAGCGCCUGGCGCCCGCCAAGGAGCGCGCCGACGCGCUGCGGGCCAACCUCGACGACCUGCUCAAGUUCUGCGACCUCGGCGACGCCAAGGCGAUCCACUACGGUGUAUGGCACUACUUCACCUUCAAGCAGUGGGGAAAAGCCAUCAAACUGCUCCAAAAACUCCAAGAAGACCGUCCAUCCAAAGAUGUCGAGGAACGCCUCAUCGAAGCCUACAGACAACUCGGCUGGGACUACUUUGCCAACUUUGUACAGGGUCAGGUGCCCAUCAAAUAUCCUUCCAUUUAUAGGCCUUUCUGAAAGUAUCCCAAACAAACCAUAGACCUAACCUCGUGUACAAAGGCCGAAUUAAACCGAUUUCUAGCGAGUCAGUAGCUUGAUAAUACAAUUCUAGUCUCGUUUCAUAUAGGCAUGACUUGGAAGAUCAUUAACAUUGAAGUUCGGUUACUGAAACAGGUCUCACGGCUCGUACUAUAUAUUCUGCGCAGUAAAAUAAACGAUUUGAGAUGUAACCUUGUGUACAAAGACUUUGAUCUCGUAAUGAUCUUUGUACUAAUUACUUAUUUUUAUUUAUGUGUUUAUUUAUUCAAUAUCAUUGUUUAAAUGUAAGCUUUGAGACCUUUUCCCAUGGCAAUGAAACUAAAUGCCUGGUUCAUAUUUGCAUAAUUUUAGCCUGUCACGUUUGAUGCGAAGUAAUACGCAAUCACGUGCUACGCAUGCAUGUGUUACGCUACCACAUGCUAUGCAACCACAUUCUACGCAAUCACGUGUUACGUAACCACAUGCAACGCAAUCACGUGAUACGCAAACUCCUGACACACAUCUGUGACAUGCUACGGAGUUACGACGCACACCAAUAUUAUAAGAACGUAGACCUGUUACUAGUCAUUGAAACACAGCAAUCAUGUUUAAACCGAGUCAGACAAAUCCUAUUGGAUGCAAAUCGAAAUAAAAUGGAACUUAUGUCUAUGUUUUUUCAAAUUAUCGAUCGAAAUCGGUUUCAGAGCUACGCUCAUUAACUAAAACGGAGAACAGGUAAUCGGCCAAUAGAAUUUUGUUAUUUUCACGUGUUGUUCUAACGUGUCUGUCUUCUCCGCUCUUUAGUCGAGAAUAGGGCUAAUGGGGUUAGGGUGCAAAAAUGCCAUGAAAUCAUGAAAGUAUCUAUGCCUAUUCUUUUCAUUCUUAAAGAAAGGUAUGAAUUAAACGUUUUUCAUGAGAUGUUAGGCCCACACAUCGCCGCGCAACGGUACAGCGGCACAAGGUGGGAUGGGCCUUAUAGUCGAAUUGUGUUAUACUUAUAGAAUGAUUGUUGACUUGGAAAUGCUUAUAUUAAGGCAUAUUAUAUACGUACAUAUUGUUUGUCUUACAUUGGGGUACUAUAAUACAUUAUGUUUAACUAUCUGACGGUCUUGACACAGGCGUGUCAAGUGUUAGUAGGCACUAAGGAGGUAUAUAAAUGUUUGGCUUUCAUGGUCUUUCUGUUUCGUAACCUACCUAAUUUUUAAGUAAAGUCAGUUGUUAUAAUAAUAUAAAUCCUUCGCUAUGGAGGUAUUGUCUUGUUAUGUAAAAAGUCAACAAUAAUUUUAUGAGAAAAAUAUAUAUAUGUUUAUGUAACUUAAUUGAUAUACGUUUUGAAUUCCGACUCCAACAGAAAGAAAACCUGUUUUGAUUUGUCAGAUUUUUUAUUUUAUUUGUAAUUUGCUAGGAUUAACGAAUGAGAAAUCCGAAUUUUCGUUUAUCCCGUCACGCGUCCUAGAAACAAACGGUGUCCUAAAUGAUAAAAACUUAAUUUCUUUUUUCAUAUUUAAACUUUUCAAAAUGGUUUAUGAAAUCACAGCUGCGUGAAGUCACAGUGUGUCACUAAAGAUGUGUGACGAGGCAAUCUGUAGUUUGCGUGGCUUUUUAGUGUGCCGAUUUAAGAUUCGAUGUGAGUACUAUUUCUCUGACCAUUCAGGACUCUGACCGUUCAGGACUCUGACCGUUCAGGACUCUGACCUUUCAGUUCUGUGAAGAGCCGAUCUAAUUUACCACUUAAUUGAGUUACAUAAAAUAUAAUUACAACGUAAGUCAUGUCCAACGGAUUAAUAAAACUAGCAAUAAAUAAAUUCAUAGAAGUACAUAAUUAUUGUAAUUAUAUGUAAACGCACAGAGUUUUUUACAAUUAAUUCAUAUUUAUACAAAGUAUUAAACUGUAAAUGCAACAGUCAAUAUUAAUAAAUCUUUCCAUAUUUAUUUGACUGGUGCUCCAAGUGUUCUAGUCUCGUAUUUGUCGGGGAGCAAAUGACGUGACAAGCGGCAUCGUAACGAUACAACUAAAAUUACGCUAAAAGUUUGUGUGCGUCAGAAUGGCUGGCUGCCUGUGGCGUCUGGUACUGAGUGUAUAUUCAAGAUAGCUAGCUACCUAUUUGCUAGUAUUUGCUAUC